CCUUAGGCCCUGUUUCUGUUUUGUUUUCUCCAGAGAGAGAGAGAGAGAGAGGGAGAGAGAGAUUCUGCAACGUCAUGGAUCCUGAGCGGGAAUUCAUCAAAGACGCGAAGCGUAUAGUCGUCAAGGUUGGGACAGCUGUAGUCACCAGAAGCGAUGGAAGACUAGCAGUGGGCAGACUGGGAUCACUCUGUGAGCAGCUCAAAGAUUUGAACUGUCGAAGCUAUGAGAUUAUUUUGGUUACUUCAGGCGCUGUUGGUGUUGGCCGCCAACGGCUUAGAUAUCGGAGAUUAAUCAACAGCAGCUUUGCGGAUCUCCAACAACCAGAAGAAGAACUUGACGGAAAGGCUUGUGCAGCUGUGGGACAAAGUGGCCUCAUGGCUCUCUAUGAUGUUUUGUUUAGUCAGUUGGAUGUGUCAUCGUCACAGCUUCUUGUGACCGAUAGAGAUUUUAAGGAUCCAGAAUUCCGCAUGCAGCUUUCUGAAACUGUGAAUUCAUUGUUAGAUCUGAAGGUUAUUCCCAUUUUUAACGAGAAUGAUUCAAUUAGUACCAGACGAGCUCCAUACGAGGAUUCUUCUGGUAUCUUUUGGGAUAAUGACAGUUUAGCAGCUCUAUUGGCUUUGGAAUUAAAAGCGGAUCUUCUUGUUCUGUUGAGUGAUGUGGCCGGCCUAUAUAGUGCUCCUCCUAGUGAAGCUCAUUCAAAGCUUAUAUAUACAUAUGUAAAAGAGACACAUCAAGGGACGAUAACAUUUGGAGACAAAUCGAGGGUAGGAAGAGGGGGUAUGACUGCUAAAGUAAAAGCUGCUGUUUGUGCAGCCAGUUCAGGGACCCCUGUUGUUAUUACCAGUGGUUUUGGUACUGAUAACAUCAUAAAAGUAAUUCAAGGAGAACGUGUUGGCACUCUCUUUCAUCAGCAUGCAAUUUUAGGGUGUCCACGUAAACAAGUUGGCGCCCGGGAGAUGGCAGUUGCAGCAAGGGAAUGUUCAAGGCGACUUCAGGGCCUAUCUUCGCAAGACCGAAGAAAAUUUUUACUGGACAUUGCUGAUGCCCUGGAUGCAAAUGAGAAGUUGAUCACUGUUGAGAAUGAAGCCGAUGUUGCAGCUGCACAGCAGGCUGGAUAUGACAAAUCAUUACUAUCGCGCUUAACUCUGAAGCCAGGAAAGAUCUCAAGUCUGUCAAAAUCCAUCCGUGUACUUGCAGACAUGGAAGAGCCGAUUGGUUAUGUUUUGAAGAGAACAGAGAUUGCAGAUGGGCUCGUAUUAGAUAAGACGUCAUGUCCCUUGGGCGUUCUCCUGAUUGUUUUUGAGUCUCGACCUGAUGCACUUGUUCAGAUAGCUUCAUUAGCAAUUCGGAGUGGGAACGGGCUUCUCCUGAAAGGAGGAAAAGAAGCCAUGCGAUCUAAUGCAAUCUUGCACAAGGUCAUCACUGAAGCCAUCCCAGAUAAAGUGGGUAAAAAUCUUAUUGGACUAGUGUCUUCAAGAGAGGAGAUUCCUUAUCUACUCAAGCUUGAUGAUGUGAUAGAUCUUGUGAUUCCAAGAGGCAGUAAUAAGCUUGUUUCUCAGAUUAAGGAGUCGACAAAAAUUCCUGUUCUUGGUCAUGCUGAUGGAAUUUGCCAUAUUUACCUUGAUAAGUCGGCUAAUAUGGACAAGGCAAAGCGCAUUGUUUUGGACGCAAAGAUAGAUUAUCCUGCAGCCUGUAAUGCUAUGGAAACACUUCUAGUACAUGAGAAUUUGUUAAAGAAUGGUGAGCUUAAUGAGCUUACUUUGGAACUCAAAAAUCAAGGCGUUACCUUAUAUGGCGGACCAAGAGCAACUGCUGCAUUAGAUAUUCCAGGGGCACGAUCAUUUCAUCAUGAAUACAAUUCAAUGUCUUGUACAGUUGAAAUUGUGGAUGAUGUACAUUCUGCGAUUGCUCAUAUACAUUGCCAUGGAAGUGCACACACCGAUUGCAUAAUUGCUGAAGAUCCUGUAGUUGCAGAAGUCUUCCUUCGUCAGGUUGACAGUGCUGCUGUCUUUCACAAUGCAAGUACGCGUUUUUGUGAUGGAGCUCGUUUUGGACUCGGUGCAGAGGUUGGGAUAAGUACUAGUAGGAUUCAUGCUCGUGGUCCAGUUGGAGUUGAAGGACUUCUAACAACACGAUGGAUACUGAGAGGAAGCGGGCAGGUGGUCAAUGGUGAUAAAGGGGUGGUUUAUACGCACAGGACCCUCCAUCUGAAGUCACAAGACUCACAACAUCACGGUCUACCAAACGGUAAGCCUCGUUAGAAUAAUGUCAUGCUGUUCUAUGGACAGUGUUGUAAUUCUUCCUCAAUAGAUUUCUUGAUUACCUUUAGUAAAAUUUUGUAAUCAGAGUACUAUAUACCGUCGCCUAUAUAUAAUUCAAAAAGGCGCAAGGCUU